AUGGAUGUCAAUCAGGUCGACUAUUGCAACGAGACUCCCAUUUUCUAUGCCGUCCAGAACAACAAGCUGGAGACCGCAGCUACGGUAGUUUACUUGCUCAAAUGCGGCGCUUCUCUGGGCAUCAACAACAGCAGCCUCGAAUCUCCAGAGAGCCUGGCAUCUGUCGAAAUGGCUCGCGACUUGCGGGCCCGAAUCGAGGAAUGGGGUGAGCCCUCUCAGCCAACCACGCCCAGCAAGAAGCGCAAGCGCCGAGAGGAAGAUGAGCCCUCAGCGGCGGAGGGGCCCCGGGCCUUUGAAAAUUGGGUGGCCAAACGUGCCAGGCUGCCCAAGUCGCACAAGUCCAACGCGAAGAAGGAGAAGCCGAAGCCGCAGGCGCCGGAGGUUGUGGCCGAGAAUGCCACGCACCAGAUCGAGCUCAUCCGGGAGGAGUUCCUGGAGCAGGUUCGAGAGCUCGAGAAGGGGCUGGUGACCGACCAAGUCGGUCUUUUCAAGACCCAGCUCUUUGUCCGCGCUUGCAGAUCGGCAGACUACUGCGCCGCCUUGGGUGCAUAUGCAACAGACUCAGACUUUUUCAAGCAAUAUUCGAACAUCAUCGAGCGCCGUGGUACCUUUGGAAGCCUGGUGCUCGUUGCCGUGGACAAGAGUUCCGGCCGCGUGGUCGGCUUCUGUCAUGCAGAUGCUGGGAACAACGAGCUACUCAUUGGCCAUUUGAAGGUGCAUUCAGAGCACCAGCAGAAAGGAGUGGGAAAGCUCUUGAUGGCGGCGGCAGAGACCAAGGCCUUGAGCUCCGGAUGGGCUUUCGAGUCCGUGGCCGUGCGAGUGCUCCAUGUCAACUCCAGGGCCCAGCAGAUCUUCUUCCGAAUGGGAUUUGACAUUCGAGAUGAGCCGGCCCCAGAAACGACCAUCAGUUUACUAUCGAUGUGCAUCAAGAUGGUCCGAAGAGCCCAGCAUGUGCCAGAAGCGACAAUGAAGUCCGUGGCUGAAUUUCAGGAGGGCAAGCUUCCAGACAGCCAAACAGGCCCCGCCAAGCGCCUGCGCUUGGCUGGUGCGAGCACAGCAAACCCCAGCUUGAAGCGGCAAGGCCCGCUCCUACGCCUCGUCUUUUUUCAUGGCAAGGUAGAGUCCAAAACUCGACACGCAGUCGCCCUGACUGUGCACAAUGCAGUUUGCGACGGCUGGUCCAUGAACAUGCUGCUUCAGGACAUCCUAGCGCUCGCUGUCGGCGGUAGCGUUCCGGAAAGACCCGCGCCAUCAGUCAACGCCAGAGUAGGCAACGAGGCAGAAGAAGCCAAGCGCUGGCGUCAAGCCAUGGAGGGAUUCAGGUGUCCCCCAGAGCUAGAAGCGACGACCCCAGAGACAGUCGGCCCACGCAGGCUCAAGAUGACCUGGGGCCGCCUGAGCGAGGCAGCGGCGGCCAUGCGCUUGAUGCCUUCGGCUCUGCUGCUUGCGUCCUGGACACUGGUCUACGCCCGGGCCUCGCGGCGCUAUGACCUUGCCAUGGGGACUGUACUCUCCGGGCGAGAGGCUGUCGGUGAGGAUGCGCUCGGGUGCGCCUUGUCGUUGCUGCCCCUACGGCUGCGACUCACCGAUGAGUGGCAGACUGUGCAGAGCUUUGCAGCAGAGGUGCAGCGUGGGCUGCUUGGUCUCAUCGCCUCUCCCCUGGAGGCCUCGCUGUCACAGAUCAGAGGCUGGUCGGGCCUGCCGAAUGGACGGCCCUUGUUCGAUUGCGCUUGGCUCUUCGACAACGCACCCGCGCUGCCCUCGAACCUCCUGGAAAAGACUGGACUCGAGCUCAUUUCUGAAGUCGAGAUCCCGGCCCUGGGGGAGGUUGCGGAGACGCCGGAGCUGCGGCUCGCAAGGCGUGGGGACCGGAUCAUUGCAGCUUUAAGUGGCAAGCUGCCAGGCGCAGCUGCUGCCUUUUGA